AAAUCAGGACCGGAUCUUCCAAUGUCCUAGUUGUUUAUGUGUUCUUCGUGCGGUUGUUUGCGUAGUCAACGAACUGCUGUCAGCAUUGAUUCCACCGGCGACCAUGAGAGCUCUCUUGCGGGAUGUCUGCCUGCUACUCCUUGGGCUCACCGCGGCCUCUUCCCGGGACCGCCUGCCCCCCCACGACCAGGUGGCCCGGGUCGCCCGCUUCGUCGCCCACCAGUGCGACUGGGCCUCCUUGGCCACCAUAAGCAGCCACAAACCGGUGGUGGGGCAACCCUUCUCCAACGUGUUCUCGGUGAGCGACGGGCCACCGGGCUUCGGCUCCGGCGUGCCGUACAUGUACCUGACCCGCAUGGAGAUAUCUGUGCAGGACCUGGAGGUGAACCGACAGGCGUCUUUGUCCAUGUCUCUGGCUCAGACUGACUACUGCCACCAGCAGGGCUUCGACCCUCAGAGUCCUCUGUGUGCGCACAUUAUCCUGUCCGGAUCUGUGCUGGAGGUGAACAGCACAGAGGCAGAGUUUGCAAAGAAAGCCCUCUUCAGUCGACACCCCGAGAUGAUUGACUGGCCGUCAGACCACAACUGGUUCUUUGUCAAGUUCAACAUCACACAGGUGUGGGUGCUGGAUUAUUUUGGAGGGGUGAAGACUGUCAAUCCGGAUGACUACUACCAGGCCUCCCCAAACAAUAAGCACAAGUGACUCCCGUGGGUUUUUAGUGUGUUGUUCUUUGCAGUGAAUCAUUACGUGAAUUUCUUCCAGUGAAUGAUGUUAAACUGAUCUGCUGUCAUUUACGAGUGCCUUACAUAAAACUGCAGUUUGAGUUUGGAUUGUCUUGUUAUGAAUAUUGAAAGAGAGUGCACAAUGUAAAUGUCAUGUGGUUGGAGUGGAAAAUGACACAGGCACCUUGCCUUUGAUUUUUGUUUACUUUAGAAAAUUGUAAAUCAUAUUUUUUUACACAGAACAUAUACAAUAUACCUUGUUGAAUAAAGUUUGUGUAAUAUAAGAGAA